AUGGCCAGUAACAACAAAAAUUCUCCUCAAGCACAAGCUUUACAAGCAGUUGCCGACUUGGAAAUUGAAAUGAUGACAGACACAUAUAGAAGAAUGACUCAAAGUUGUCAAUCAAAAUGUAUAAAUACUUCGUAUCGAGAAUCUGAACUUUUGAAAGGUUUUUUAAUAAAUUUAUUUUCUGGGGUUUCAAAGCUUUUUUAUGGACCCCAUUCUCCGUGCCUCAUUUUUGUAUUUUAUUUAUUCUUUGGUUUGCUUCGCUUUCGAACGUCUUUUGGGCUUGGGGCUAGAGUUAUCGGUUUCAAACCAAAUCGAGAAACUUUUUCUAUGGACCCCCAUUUAAGAGACUCAUUUUUUAUUUUGUUUAUUGGGGUCUGUUGUCGCUUUCGAAUUCUGUAG